AUGGUGAUUGGUGAAGGUGUGGAUGGUGGAGUUCGUUCAAUUGGAAUAGUAUUAAUUUCAUAUUUAUUUAUUAAUUAUAAUCAUAUGUUUACUGUUACCGAAUAUUCAAAGCAAAGAUUUGAGCUACGAAGGAUAAUGAAGGAAUUGGCGCAUUUCUUUGGUGAUAGUGUACUUCAAAGUCGAACUAAAUCACAACCUGGGUCUACAAAUAUUUUUUCACAGAUUGGAAAAUUUUUAUAUUCAAUAGCUGACAUUCAAUCUUAUAUUAAUAGAAGCCUUGAUAAUUGGAUUAUUUAUUGUGAAAUACCAUCAUCAUUCCAUGGUAUAAAUAUACAUCCUUCGCCUUUCAAUGAGUCGGUAUUCAAUAAUGCUGAUGUUAUCAUUCUUAGCGACUUGCGUGAUAACGAUUGA